UUAGAAAUUACACGAGACACCGGGUAAACGAAAACGAAAGUAGGAUCAAAUUUGUUAAAAGAUUCAUGUUUCUUUUAUGGAGUUUUACUUAAGAGUUAAAUAAGAAUGGCCGAAGGGAGUUCCUUUCCGUCGUUUACAGAUGGCUCUGAUGUCUGUGCUGAAAACUCUUGCACACCUUGCGGCGAGGGCAAUAUCAAUGAAGAAGCUGUAAAAUAUUGUCAUGAGUGUGAAGAGUAUCUCUGUACAAGAUGUACAAGUCAGCAUACGUGGCAAAAGGCAACAAAAACACACAAGUUGGUUGAUAAAAAAGAUGCCAAACACAGUCUUGCUGUUGUUAAAACCAAAUGCCUCUAUCAUCCGGACCGAGAUAUAGAGAUGUUUUGCAGAAAACAUGAUAUGGUUUAUUGCGCCAUGUGCAUAGCAACAGAUCAUAGAGUUUGUGAACAGGUAGACAAAAUUGAAUCCAAGUUAACGUCCAGUGUAAAUCAGACCGAGAUUAAUCACAUAUCUGGUGAAAUAGCGACAGCUAAGGAAACCUUAAUAAGUGCCACAGAGAAACAAAAGCACAAUUUGGCUUCACUUGAGGAGGAAAGGAUCAACAUAGACAGGACAUUAGAUGAUAUUGAGGAAAAGAUGAUACAUCACAUCAGAAAAUUGAAACAAGAGGCAAAGCAAUCUGUAACCAAAAAGUAUGACAUGAUGAAAUUAGGACUUGAGUCUGAAAUUAGCACAUCAUCUAAUAUGAUUGAGUCUUUGAAGGAGGGUUUACAACACCUGAAAUCAAUUGAUAGUCUUAAUCCAGAGCAGCAAUUCAUUCACAUUAAACUGACAAAGAAGACUAUUACAAAUGCCAGAGAAUUAAAUACACAAACCGAUUCUAAAGGAAUAUGUUCAAUCAGUUUUACAGCUAAUAAUGCAUUAGCAGAAUUUGUUUCAUCAGUUGAUUCGUUUGGUCUUGUUCAAGAAGGCAAGCAACUGACAAAACCAAAGCAAUACAAACUGAAGGCAAUGAAAGAUAUCAAUGUAAAACUUAACAAUGAUAAAAGUGCAUGUAAUAUCUCUGAUAUAUGUCAACUAUCAGACGGAAGAAUCGUGCUAACGGAUCAAACAAACAGGAAUGUUAAAAUGCUUGACCUUAACUACAACGUCAAAGACAGUUGCGAAUUAGAUGCCGGUCCCACUGGUAUAUGUUGUAUCAGCAGCAAUGAAGUUGCAAUUAAAAUGACCAAUAACACAGUCCAGUUUGUAUCUGUUGAAUCAUCUCUGUCUAAAACCAGAUGCUUUUCAAUAUCAGGCGGGAUUUAUUAUGGAUUGACAUAUUGUGAUGGUGGACUUUGGGUAUCUACUGGUGGUGGUAUUAACAUAUAUAAUACUGCAGGUACUUUGAUCAAAUCUCUUGAUAAAAAUCACGAUGGUAACAGGAUAUUUAAGUCCAGUACCCAACAUAUGUCUGUCACUGGUGAUAAGGUGAUCGUUACAGAUUGGUCUGAUGGUGCUGUAUGUCUUAAUAAAGAUGGUACAGUGAUGAGGGAACUGCGUGAUAGUAGAUUGAAGAAUUCUAAAGGUGUAUGUGUAGCUGAUGAUGGUACCGUGUUUGUAUGCGGAUACUAUUCCCACAAUGUUGUGAUGUUCAACAAAGAUGGGAACUGUAAAGGAGAGUUAGUAGCGGCAAACUGUGGUUUAAAGAAGCCUUUAAACAUGUGCUACAAUAAACAUAAAAACACGCUCAUUGUGAUAACGUACGGGUCAACUACAUUAAAAGUACUUGAGUUUGAAGAAUAAAACAUGUUGUCAUGUUCAUUGAAUACAAAAUAAACAUUUGUAGGGAUAGGUGCAUUAAGAUUUCUGAUUUUAAUUUUAUGAAGAUGUAUUGGUCACAUGUUAUCAGUUUUGUUUAUAAUAUGAAAUUACUGAAGACUUUAGUGUGAGUGUGAGUUUAUUUAUUCAAUAUUUUGUUGUGCCCGUUCAUGCCUGAAAAAAUGCACGGAGGGUCACCUGAAGUCUUCCUCCACCAGUAAAGCUGGAACGUCGCCAAAUGACCUAUACUGUGUUCUAAAUCACCAUCCCCGGGUUGAGAAGCCGAUAAAAGAAUAUUGCCUUUUAACAGUUUUAUAUAAUAUAAUUAUAUAUUUAGUAAUAUAACUAGUAACAAGUCACUUUUAUUUUGACGUGUUUACCAAUUUACAACCUAAUACCAUGCCAUGUAAAUUUUGUAUAGUUAUAUAAAUAUGUUGCACUAUAUUAAUGUAACUGUAAAGAUCCUGUAUGUUUUGUGAAUGAUAUUGUUACUGUGUGUAUACCACACUUGCAAAGAGUUAUAUUUGUAUAUAAUUAUGCAAGUAGAACAAUUUUCAAACAUCGAAGAAUAUGUAAAAUGUGUACUGCAAAUAUUUGUGCACAUAUAUUUAAUCAAUAAAUUAUAUGCAUUCAUUUCUUAUUGGAAAAUUUGACUUAGAAUUUAUAGAAAAUAAAUUAAAUUACUUAUUACCUCCCUUUAUUUACAUGUAAUGUAAAAUUCGGUAAUAUCUCUAUAAAUAAUGCUUAUUGGAACUUACAAUAUUGACAAAUCUUAAUUUGAGCAUCAUAUUUAUGAAAUAAAACCUUAAAAAGUUGUCUUACAGGAUCUUUAAAACGUUUUGACUUAAAACAAAUGGUCUGUUAUAUUAUGUGCCGAAAUAGAUUUUAGAAAUAUGUCUAUCUAUUUUAUGUUAUGUUUGUUACUUAUAUACAUUUGUAUUCAAAUA